AUGUGUGCGACCAAGAUGUCCUGCGUAAGAAUACAGGAGAUGUCAGCAUCCAAUAUGGAAAACAAUCAUUCUGCUGAAAAGGAGGCGAGAGGCAAAGGUGUGCGCAAGUUUAAAGGCUUGGAUACUAGCGGGCGUAGCACGUCGAAUCGUCAGUCGUUGUUGCGACGUUCGGAUCGCAGCUCGGAGAGAGAUGCGGAGCGGGAUGCAAGAACUAUAUCGGUUCCCAAUCUGUUGAAUCUGGGCAACGAGCAACGGGUGACAAGGGUAGGCGAUGCUGCGAUCAAAGGCGGUGAGAGUGGUACCCAUGCUGGCGAAGACGUGUUGAGGGUCCCACAAGAAUACACUGAGAACUCAUUUGUGGUGAGCAGUAUGAGUCAAAGUGCGUAUCAGGCAGCAAGGGCGCAGCGAAAAAGUUCGGUUGACUCAUUGAUGCGUGCGGCUGUUACCGUUGAAAGGAACGACCAGGAUUUGAGGAAAAUGCAUCAAAACCAAAUAAAUUCAAUUAUUGACUUCAAAAAUCAGAUCUCAGAUGAGAUUCAAUCUUGGCCAAAUACUGGGCAUACAUCGCAGGAGAAUGCGAUUAGAUCAUCAACUGAAGCAAUGAAGGAUUUCACCUUCACUGAUAUGAGUUCUGAAAAUUUAGACUCCCUUAAACAUGUUGCCAAUACUUUACAUGCUACCGUUAAACAGUUAGAUGAGUUGAAAAGGCAGCAACGUCCCAAUGAAGACUUCAAUAGGCAAAGAAUAAGGCUACCAUCGAUAGAUAUGAUGACUUCAAAUAUCGGGAGUAACCCGCAGGCGGGACUUCGAAAUUACCAGUUCCCAAAUGAUGAGUUCAACAGAAACCCUAGACCAAGCAACCGACAUCUAGAGUCACAAUUCAUUGCUUCAUCGUCGGCAUCGUCGUCAUCAUCAAUUCACCAACCGGUAACCUCUUAUGUCCAAGCACAUCCGCAUAACUCAGGAAAUUAUGUUUCAUUUACAGGCCCGAUGACCAACGUAUCUCCCAGAAUAAAUCAUCGUGCUACAAUUUCAGAUCCAUCGUCGGCUUAUCGAUCCAGUAUGAUGAAGGAGCGACAAAAUUCAGCUACUUGUAGUAAUUGGCCCUUACUUCCAUUUUAUCCGCUAGCUCCUUCUUCUUCUUCUUCUUCUUCUUCUUGUCCCAUUGUAUUCCAGCCGCCAUACUCAUCAAAUGACUCAUCCGCUGAUUCAUCCAGACAGAAUGCUGCUGAAAACAGCAUUGGUAAACGAAAAUUGGAAAGUAAAGAUCAAAAGAUUAAUAUGAGAACACAAAGAUCGUCAUCAGAAAACUCAGUGUUUCAAAAUCGGCAAGCUUUAGCUCAUGGAUUGCUCAUGGCUGAGAAUAUCAAAAGAAACCAACAAUCAACUACAUCCUGCAUACAUUGUGGAGAAGCUAGUACACCAGAAUGGCGUCGAGGGCCCUAUGGAAAUAGAACCUUGUGUAAUGCAUGCGGAUUGUUUUACCGCAAAUUAGUUAAAAGGUUCGGAAAUAAAGAUACAAAUAUGUUUAUGAGAUAUAGGAAAAGCACAAAUCCUGAAGAUCGAAGGGUUCCCUCCAUUGCAGAGGUACCUAAAUCAAUACAGCAGGAGCUGGACAAUGAUAAAAAUUUAGAUGGUGAAUACUUCACAAUCGGUGGUACGAAUGCGAACUUCAUUUUUUCAGAGAAUAAAAAAUGA